AUGGACAGGAGGAGUUGGUUGUGGCGGAGGAAGUCGUCUGAGAAAAGUCCAGGCGAAACGGAGAGUUCAGGAUCAGUAUCAUCUCUCUCAGAAAGAUUUUCUGAUGAUCAGGUGUAUCUGAGCCAAGCUACUCUAUCACCGGAGGUAACAUCGAAGGCUGCAUCAAUUGAAGAAGUUAGUACACCGAAGAAAUAUAAAGAAGGAGUUAUCGACGUGAAGACUCUUACAAACGAGUUAGCUGCAGCUCUGCUAGACAUUAGUGCCAAAGAAGAUUUGGUAAAGCAGCAUUCUAAAGUUGCUGAAGAAGCUGUCGAAGGCUGGGAGAAAGCUGAAAAUGAAGUGUCGUCUUUAAAGCAACAACUCGAUGCUGCGAGGCAUAAGAACUCGGGUCUUGAAGACCGAGUUAGUCACCUUGAUGGAGCACUCAAAGAAUGUAUGAGGCAGCUUCGCCAAGCUAGAGAAGUGCAAGAGGAAAAGAUCCUUGAAGCUGUUGCGAAUAACUCUCAUGACUUGGACUCCAGAAGAUUUGAACUCGAGAGGAAAGUUGCUGAACUUGAGACUCAACUUCAAACAUCAAAAGAAGAUGCUGCUGCAUCUAUUCGUUCCGAUUUUCACAGGAGGCUCGAGGCUAUGGAGAAGGAGAAUUUGAGUCUUCAGCUUGAGCUACAAUCUCGACUCGAGGAACUAGAAUUUAGGAUUGCAGAGAGAGAUUUGAGUAGCCAAGCUGCUGAAACAGCUAGCAAGCAGCAUUUGGAGAGCAUCAAGAAGGUUGCUAAGCUUGAAGCUGAGUGCCGUAGACUGAGAGCCAUGACUCGUAAAACAUUUAAUGCGAAUGAUACCAGGUCUUGGACUGCAUCUUCGGUUUAUAUCGAGUCCUUCAUAGAUAGUAUGUCAGAUGGGGGAGAGAUGAAUGAAUAUGAACCAAGCUGCUCCGACUCGUGUUCAUCUGCUUUGAUUAAUGAACUUGAUCAAUUCAAGAAUAAAAAGACUGCCGAAAAAAAUCAUAUCGCGACUUCAACUGGGAUCAAUCUCAUGGAUGAUUUCCUUGAGAUGGAAAGGCUUGCUGCGUUGCCUGAUACAGAAAGUGGAAGCCAUUCUGCUAAGGAAGGACUUGGAUCAGAUCAAUCUAUUGUUGGUCAGGGUGCAAUAGAAGCCGAAGUGGAAGCUAUGACACAAAAGAACGCCGAAUUGGAAAAGAAGCUGGAGAAAAUGGAGGCAGAUAAACUCGAGGUAGAGAUGAAUUUAGCCGAGUGCCAAAUGCAGCUCGAGACAUCAGAGAGUCGGAUAAGGGCCGCAGAGUUAAAGGUCGAAGAGCUUCAAACUCAGUUAGCUCUAGCGAACAAGUCUAAUCAAGAAGCAUACGAAGAACUCAAAGAAACCAAAACCAAGAAGGAGAUAGUUGAGUCAAAACUCAAACUUGCUCAAACCGAGGUAGAAGAACUUAUUUCAAAAGUCCAUUCGUUCGAGGAAGAGAUUCAGAAGGAACGAGCUUUGUCUGCUGAGAAUUCGAUCAAGAGCAGGAAGUUGGAAGAUGAGCUUUCAAGAAUGAAGCACGAAGCUCAAGUUCAUCAAGACGCCAAGAAUUUGCACAAGGAAAAUGUUAAUCGCAAUUUGAAGUCAAAACAGGAUAAAGAACUUGCAUUGGCCACUAGCAAGUUUCUUGAGUGUCAAAAAACCAUUGCAUCUCUCGGAAAGCAGUUAAACUCGCUUGCAACCUUGGAAGAUUUUCUACUCGAUUCAGACAACAAGCCUAUGGAGUUAACUUCUGAAGUUGAACAAUUGAAACUAAACCACACUGAUUUGAGUUUGUCUAAAAGAGAUUCAUUAAACUCAUCUAUUACUACUAAUGAGAAAAGCCGUAACGGUUUCGCUAAGUUCACACCAAGAAGCAAAAGUGUGAGCAGGAUUCGUUGA